GUGUGGUUUCGUGUCGUCCUCCUGUUUUGUCUCGGAGCAGAGGAAAGAUGCUGGUAUAAAGAAACUGCACACAUGGAUGGAUGGAUAUGAAUAAUUUGGACGUAAACUAUGGAUAGGCCUGUGUUUGGGUUUAAGGAGCACCACUAUGCUUUUACUGGUGUUAACGUUGAUGGUUCCCACAGUCACAAACGCUCUGGAGGUCAUUGGAGGAAGAACGACAACGGUGCAGGGAGGAGCAGCUGUCCUCCACUGUAAACUCAUUGGUACCACAGAGACCCUCACACAGAUUUCAUGGCAGAGAUUGACCAGAGGAAAACCUCGGACGGACAAUUUCUAUACAAUCUCGUCCCAUUAUGGACCAUGCUCUGUCAAUGGCCGUGAUGAUCGGUUUAGGUUCAUUGGGAGUUUUACAGAUAAAAAUGGUACUCUCCAGUUAUCGAAUGUCACACUGAUGGAUGAAGGCAACUACACAUGUGUGUUCACUUUGUUCCCCAGCGGGAUCCAUGAGACAGCGAUACCUCUUAUAGUUCCUGUGCCUCCGGUCACAAGCCUGAAGGAUGCUCAUCCUGCUUUGGGUAACGACGAGGUCCCUCUUAUUACCUGCACGGCUGCUGGUUCCAAACCUCCUGCAGAGGUGAGGUGGCUCACUGGUACUCUGGGAGAGAAAGUGAGGCCGUCAACCAACUCCAGCCUUCAUGCUAACGGUACGACUACCACAGUCAGCUGGCUGUUUGGAGUGCCUACCAGAGAACUCAACGAUCGUUCAGUCCAGUGUGUCAUCACCAGUCCUGCUCUAGAGAGAGAAGAAACCCUGACCUCCACCAUACAUAUCCACUCUCCUCCUCUGGAAGUGAAUAUCACUGAAAGGUCGGCACACUCCUUUGAAUGUCUCACAGAGGCAUAUCCAGCUGCGA